AUGGACGCCUGCGAACUGGAACUUAUAGCUAAGGAAUUAGAGGCGGAUCAUACGGAAGCACUUAAGGAUAUAGACCGUGAACUGGAGACGAAAACGUCAACAUUAUCUGUUGAUGACUAUGAGAUAAUUCAAAAGGUUGGCCAAGGGACAUUUGGCGAAGUCUUCAAAGUCCGACAUAAAACAUCCAAAGACGUUUUUGCUUUAAAACGCCUUAAAAUAGAAAAAGAAACCGAAGGGUUCCCAAUCACUGCUCUUCGAGAAGUUCGCAUUCUCCGGUCAUUAAGCCAUAAAAAUAUAGUUUCCUUGCGAGGAAUAUGUCACCGAAAAAACUCCGGGAUUAAUGGCUAUCGUUACGAGUUCUACCUCCUGAACAACAUCCUUCACCGUGAUUUAAAGGCCUCCAACAUUCUUAUCGACCGGACUGGUACCUUGAAAAUCGCUGACUUUGGCCUCGCCCGUCUAACGAUUGUUCCGUCAGCCCCUGAUCGUCGAGUGUGUUAUACUGGACGCGUAGUUACAUUAUGGGCGACACAGAGGUGA